CCGAGGAUGCGCAUGCGCGGGAGGAUGGCGUUUGGAGGUGGUGCACGAGGCUCCGUGGACGGUUUUGUUCAAAAUGUUUGGAGGGGUCUCGGGAGGAGAGAGGAACAAAGAACCCAAACCGACAAUAUCACUGAAGAAAAUACCUUUUGCAGGCACCGUAACUGGGACCGAGAAACCAUUAGGAGAUUGAGCUGUUCCGUAAAAGGAAUGAAACAUAAUGGCAUCAGAAGACUACCAAGAAGAGGAUCCUUUUUGUUUCAAUGUAGGAGGCUGGUUCUUUUCAGUUCCAAAGUCAAAGCUUUUACAGUUCCGUGACUCAGUGCUAUGGCAAGAAGCUUCCAGCCUUGUUCAUUCUGAAGAUGCCAGACUUUUUAUUGACCGCGAUGGAUAUACUUUCCGACAUGUUCACUAUUAUUUGCACACAUCAAAGCUGUCUUUUUCCUGCCUCUCAGAAAUUAGUUUGUUGUAUGAACAAGCAACAGCAAUGUGUCUGACAUCUUUGCAACAGGCUUUGGAUAACAUGAAAGAAAGUAAGCAUCAUUUGCGUAUACGACCUGAAGAUGUGCCAGUCACUAAAAGAGCAAGCAGGAAUUAUUGGAGAACAAGAUGUAACAGUAAACCUUCAGAGUUCCAAAUUAAAAGUCCAGCAUUCACAGGUUUACCUGAUAAAGCUCCAUUAGGAUUGAUAGACACGCCAUUGCUGGAUACUGAAGAAGAGGUGUACUGGUAUUUUCUUCCUUUAGACCUAGUGAAGAAAUACCCUACUUUAAUCAAUGAUGAAAAUCUGCUGUGGCUGUGUGAAGGAGUUGUGCUCAUAGAAAUUGGAUGGAGUAAUUUCCGAUAUAUAGCAAAUUUUCUUCAGACGGGGAAACUUCUUGUACCUGACAAGUUUUCAGAAAUAGAUGUUCUUUUGACUGAGAUGGAGAUGCUUCAAAUUCCAGAGCUCAUAAAAGCUGUGAAAUCGUAUAGGAUGGACACAGGUGGUAGUUCCAAAGAUGUCUCUAUCCCUGCCAGUUCUAUACAUCAUUCUGAAGGGGGUUGUAACUCUGUAUGUGAAAUGGCAGAUAAACCGUUAUAUGUCCUUGUCCUGGAAUUGUUAGUGAAAUACCCAGAUUCAGCACUAGGACAGCUUUCCAUUGAAAGCAGCCUUGAUGGGAUGAAGCUAUAUAUUUUUGGCAAUGGAGUUCUUUUUAAACAUGUCAGAAGCUGGUUAGGGACAUGCCGCCUACCAUUGACUGAAGACGUAUCUCAGAUGUGUGCAGUUUGUGUAUUUUUGGAUCGACAUGAUAGCCUGUACCAGCCUGUAAAAGACGCCAUGCAACUCUACCUACAGAAAAGAAAAAGAAAAACAAUUGAAUCAAGCUUUAACAUAAGUAAUUGGACUGCUGACGUAGAUAGUCAUACUCUUCAUCAAAUUGUGAAAGUUUAUGUGGGAAACUAUUGGUAUGCCACUUAUCUGAAUACCUUCUUAAAGUACCCAGAACUACUGUGUAAUCGCAGCAAAGCACAAUGGAUUGCAUAUGGCAAGACACUUUUCAUUAUUGGAGAUGGUCAGAUGUUCAGGCAUAUUAUGAACUUUCUGCGGUUCGACAAACUGCAUAUACCAUCAGGAUUCAACGAAUGGCCAUUACUUUGCCAGGAAAUAGAAGAAUGUAAAAUUCCUGCACUUUCUGAAGCCUUGCGCCAAUGUGAACUCUACAGAAAAUGGUAUGCAGAAAAUGAGGCAGAGACCGUUAGUGCAGAGACAGUUGAUGUCACUGCGGAAGCUAUUACUUCAGUUUCUUCUGUGGAGUUACACACUAGUUUUGAGGAAAAGGAAAAUGUGUUAAAUCAUGCUGCACAAAAGGAACAUACAAACAGUGCCAUUACUGAAGUAGAUCCAUGCAGAAUGAACAGUUGGAACUGGGAUAAUAAGACAGCUCCUCAGACACGAAACAUGACCAUGAAUUCCGCUCCUAAAAACUUCAGUACAACUCUUUCACCUCAUAAAGCGAGAAAAAGUAAAUUAAACACAUUUUUUGUUGGAGGGAGGCAAGUUGCUGAGGAUUCUUAUGCUUCAAGCAAUGAUGUAUGUUUUGAUGAUUCAGAGAGUCCACCCAGAAAAAAACCAGUCAAACCACAUCAUAACGGACAGACUGAAAUAAUGACAUCAGUGGGCAAGUUAAUUUCACUGGUUAAGGGAUGGAAGAAUAACAACAUGGAGAAAGUUGGAUUUUUGCCAAGUACUGGAUCUAAAGGAAAACAAUUUGAUAAGUCAAUGGAUCAUAAUCAUUAUGAUGGUUGGCCACAGAACACUGGAUUUAUCAUACAAGUCCACCAUCCUCUCCUGCUGGGAAAUGACGGAUACUCUGUCUUUUACACAGAUAGUGUGUUAUACAUGAAGCAAUCUACAGACAUAGUUGGUGCACAAUUUGGUCACUCAGAAAACAGUCAUGUCGCAGGUUUAGCAUCUCUCACCUUUAACUUAUCACAUGAAGAAAUAUUUUAUGCCAGGGAAUGUAAUCACUUUUUGACUGGAAUCAUCCUGGACUCUUAUACUUUGAAGGAUCCUCAACAAAUAACAUGGGAAAUACUGCAACUAGUAAACAUUCUUUGGACAGAAGAAAUAACACCAGAAAUAUUUGUGUCUAAGUUGCUAAAUCUAAAGGUCUUCAAGAACCAAAAACAGUCACAUGACAAGCUGGUUAAAUGGUUAAUGUUGACACUGCCAUUUGCUUGGAAGUAUAGCCUAUGCAUGGAACUAUUGUUGAAGAAAGGAUAUUAUAAAUCAGUCUCAUUUCCUGUGUUUGGAAACUAA